GCAAUAAAAGUGAGUUUCCUUCUCAACCUGAUUCAUUGCAGUUUCACGUCUGUCAUCAAACGCAUCAUCAUCAGAAAUGAACAAGACGCUUUGUUCUCUAUUUUUGGGGGCUGCCUUGUGCUCCCUGGUCUCUAGCCAGUCUACUUCUUGUCGAGGAGCGAGGACCACUCAAUUCCGAGACAACCGUGGUGUGUCACACAAUUAUUUGUUCUCUUGGGAAAAUGGACCCACCUCAAAUUUAAAUCUGGACUGGGAUGGUGCACAAAAAAUUUGCAGAGAACAUUGCAUGGACCUCGUCAGCAUAGAGACUGGAGGAGAAAAUGAUUUUAUCAAGCAACGCAUCGCAUCUGGCGCAGUGAAGUACAUUUGGACCAGUGGGCGACGAAACCCGGGCUUUGACCUCGUCAACAGUUGGUACUGGGCUGGUUCAGGAGCUCGAAUUGGACCCACCAACAAUCGUGCCAAUGGCGACUGGUCCCACACCGGAGGAGCUAAAAAACCUCAGCCAGAUAAUAGAGAAAAUACCCCCGGAGAUUUCGGAUAUCGGGGUUACGAGGAACACUGCCUGUCAUUCCUUAACAAUUUUUACCAAGACGGGAUCCGCUGGCAUGAUGUUGCCUGCUACCACACCAAGCCAUUCGUUUGUGAGAGUCAGUAAUAUACAUAUUUAAUGUACAUAUAUUUGUUGUGACGUGCGCCAUUAAUUCUAAAAUAAAUUAUUUGAAAAUAAGUGAAAAUAAA